CUUCACUGGAGGACACAAACCAUUCUUCAUUGCAAAAAUGGCUACCAUGAAAAUGCUCAUGAUGUUAAUAGUGGCUGCAAUUUUAUUUUGCAGCCACCAACAAGUGGUCGUGGCGAGAGAAGUAGCCGUGGCUGAUAACGAGAACGCGUUACAAAUCUUUCCAUGGGAUAUCCCAUGUUAUUUGCCGUGGCCAUUCCCGUUUCCACGACCAUAUCCAUGCCCUCCUCCACGACCACGACCAUGCCCCCCACCACCUCCACCACCAUGCCCACCACCACCACCACCACCAUGUCCACCACCACCUUCACCACGACGCUUGCCACCACCUCCACCACCUCCUACACCUGCUUCGACCUGCUCAAUUAGUGACAAGGAAAAGGUGAAGAAGUGCAUGUUCAACACAACUUCAAUUGAUGAAUGUUGUCCAACAUUCCAAAACAUACUCGGCACGAGUUGCCCUUGCUAUAAGUAUGCUGAGGAUUUGGACAAUCAAGUCUUGAUCACACUUGAAGCUUAUUGUGAUGUCGAUAGCCCUUGUACAGGCGUGUCACCUCCGACUCCAAAAUCAAGCUGCUCGGCUAGUAACCAAGAAAGGAUAAAAACUUGCAUGUUCAACACAACUUCAAUUGAUGAAUGUUGCCCGACAUUCCAGAGCAUACUCGGCACUAGUUGCCCUUGCUAUAAGUAUGCUGAGAAUUUAGAUAAUCAAGUCUUAAUCACUCUAGAAGCUUAUUGUGAUGUCAAUAGCCCUUGCAAGAGAGUACAAGUGAUUGAGCUACCCAAGGAUGAGGAGUAAAAAUGAGGUGCUUAAUGCUUAAUGCUGCAUUUACUGUUAAUUUAUCUUUCUGUUGAGAAGUCUCUAGUUAUUUAUGUUUUAACUUUUCCUUGUUGUAAGACUUUUAAAUUUUUAGGGGUACACUUGUAAUGUUGUGUUUUAGUAAUAAUUAUUGUGAUAUGUAUCUAUCAAAAUCUUUGUACUAAUAAAAGAGUAUUAUCGUACUCAUUUCGUGCUCCAA